AUGUCAGAUAGAUAUUUACGUUUGGAAUCUUUAUCAAAUGAAUUAUUUUAUCUCAUAUUUGUCUAUUCGUCAUCAAGCGACAUUAUUUACUCAUUUUCUGGUCUUAAUUAUCGUUUUGAUGCACUCAUCUAUCCGUAUAAAUGUAUCAUCGAUUUAUCGCAUAUAACUGCAUUCAUACGCGAUUCAAUUUUACCACAGAUAUACGACACAAUUGAAGAAUUAAAACUUGAUGGCAAACAAUUAUCACAUAUCAUUCCAUCAUCAACAACAACAACUAUUCGUGAUAUUUGCCAUAAUUUAACAUCAUUAUCAAUAAUAAACAUUGAAAAAAAUAGUCACUAUUUGCCAUAUUUGAAUUUAUUCAAACAAUUUUUGAUUUUAAAACUUUAUUUUAUUAAUCAAGCAUUUAUUAGUAAAAAGAAAUUGGAUACCAUUUCUUCAACUCUAUUUUCCUCUAAUUCUGUAGUAGAAACAUUAUUUAUUGAUGGUCUUACUUUUUGCAUUGACAAACGAAAAAUUACACCAUGUCAUAGUUUAAAACAUUUAACGAUUGAUGUUCUCUAUCAAGAUGAUAUGUUUAUUUUAUUAAAUCAAUUACCAUCUAUUGAAUAUUUAAAAAUAUUUAUUCGAGACGGGACAGCAGCAGAUGACUACUAUGAUUAUGAAAAUACAUAUCCUAUUCUACAACAUUUAAAAGAAUUUAUUUUAUCUUCAAAACAUACGAUUUGCUAUGAUCAAAUUGAACCACUAUUACUACACUGUCCUAGUCUAAAUAAUUUAUCGUUAAAUUUGAAUCUUGAUCAAUAUAUUAGUGCAAAAAAAUUAGAAAAAUUGAUUAAAAUAUCAAAACUCGAUUUUCAUUUACGUAUGCCAGAAAUGCGUAAAAAAACAAUUGAUACAUAUGUGAACAAAUUUAAAACAUCCACUUGGCUCAAUCAUCCAGUCAUAUUUUAUUCAUUUCUAAUAAAUUCUUGUCUUCGUUCAUUGCCAUUUAAAGAAUAUUAUCUACAUGUUUCGAAUCAAAUUGUUGAAUAUCUGUCAAAUAUAUCAGAUAUUUCACUGUAUAAAGAACAACAUAAAACAAAAAUUAUUUGGCUUCAUGAUAUGUUGUUAACAUAUGAAUUAAUUCAAUUUAUUAAAUUAAAUUUUCCCAAAUUGAGAGAAUUAAGUUUAAUGGCUUGUCGUUUUGAUCAAUCAUUAAUGGAUGAUAUUAAUUUUAAAAUGGAAAGUGUUCAUCAUGUAUUUAUGAGACGAUACAAUCUUGAUUUUAAAUAUUUUAAAAAAUUAUUGUUAAUGAUGCCAAAUAUUAAAGAACUUCGUGCAAAGUCUGGUGUAUUAUUAUCAGUAGUUGAUCAAUUCAUGGAAGAUGAAGAACUUCGACCCAUUUGUAAACAAAUAGAAAAGAUAAUUAUUGAUGAAUAUCAAGAAGCAUUAGACAAAAAUAUUGACAAUGAAAUGAAACGAGUGUUUCCAAAUGCUUUUGUUGAUAAAACGAAAACCGGUAAAUCUCAUUAA